CUGAAGCAAAGUGCACUGAACUUAACCACUAGGCCAUGGGGCCAGCUGCCAACUACCCUUUUUAAGAUUACUCUUUCCUCUCCUGUCUCCUCCUCAAGUCUCAUCUUCCAAAUCAAGUAUCACAACCAGAAGCUGGCAAAGGGAAUGAGGGCAUGCCGGGCACCAAGGGAGGCCUGUGGCAGCAGGCAGGCAAAGGUACCAGCUCCACCAACUGCCGCUGUGCAAGAAUGAAGCUGCAUUCUUGUCAGAUCUUUCCACUUAUCUGGAGAUCCUUGACCUUCUGCUUUGUACCAAACUCCCUCUUGUUGAAUGUUGGCAACUAACUCAAAUAUUUUUAAUUAGACCCAGAGACUGAAUCAACCAAAAAAACCGAUUCCCCAGUCUUUGAGGAAGUUUCACUUAAACUUUCACAAGAGGUGAGGGAAAUAUUUACAUUCUAGUCUUCUAGGGCAGCCAAAUACAGAAGGUGGGGCAAAACCUUUAAAUUGCCAUAUUAAAUCAGUUUGACCAUUCAGAACCUGCCCAAAUAUCAUCAUCAUCAUCACCAUUACAAUUCCACCUUUGCACAGUUCUGACCUUUAGAACAGGCUUUAUUCUAGUGAAGUAAAAACUGGGACCUUUAGUUGACAACUGGCAGUUUUAAUUCAAUAGAAGAAAUGCCUACACUGAAAACAUCCACAACUUUGCAGACGCGGACUGAGCACUCCUCCCCACUCCCCCAUUCAAAGCUGUCUCUUUUCCAGGUUCAUCAGCAACACAGCCCCCACUGCCCCACGCCCCACCUCCCUGCCAAGACUGUCUGCUGCCAUGACCCCCUCCCGGGGUUACCAAAGCACAAGAGUGCCCUUGCUAAGCUGCUUGCCCCCAAGUGAUUUUCUGUCCUCCCCUCUAAGACCUUUCCCUCCUUACUCCCAUCCCUGCCCACCAGGGACCAGCAGGUGGAGGCUUCCCUGUGCUACCCCUUCCCUGAAAUACAAGAAGAGGAUGGCUAAGGACUCUGACUUGGUUUUCUGAGUCCCAGAAUCAUGCUAGAGCUUUCGGAGUCUUGCUGCAGAGCGCAUGCCACCAGUGCUCCACCAACACGCUCCAAUCAAGAGACCUCCCUUAUCUUUCUGGGUUAUUUUCUUGGAUUCUCCCCCAAAAACUCCAGGGCAGCUCUCCAAGGCCCCAUGUACCCCAUACUAUUUCUUUAGGCACUAUUUUGCUCCUUUAACAAAUAUUUCUGUCUGAACUCAGGCCGGUCCUGCUCUGCACUCUUGUAGAAGCAGCACCGGACCCUCUGCCAAGCAGUGGGUGUGGAUCAGGACAAAAAGCAAGCGUCCCCAAGCAUCCUUGGGUGUGGUGUCACCAGCCCAGGCUUGCCUAAUCAUCUACAAUGGAAACUUGCUGUUGAAAGCCUUAUGACAGAUAGUUAAAAGGCUUGUCUGAGGGUGGCGGCACCUACAGCCACAAGGUGCAGUUGAGAAGUGCCACUCACUCGCUUUGUCGUUCCUCAGGAGUCGGCCAGCAGCCCUGCCCAGUGCUCAGCCAUGAUAAGGAGAGGCUUCCCGGUGGCAGCGAGACUCAGCCACCACAGGGUCCUUCCUGGUGUACCCCACGUCCUGCCCAGACUCACCUCUGCCUCUGCGUUUGGAUCCUCCACGGAGUCCCUGGUCUCAAGAUUCUGUGUCGAGAAGACAGAUUUGAAGGAUUAUGUCCUUCCCAAUGCCAGCUGGUUUCCAGACAUGCUGAGCAUGUACCAGGAAUUUCUGGAAAAGACCAAGGCUGAUGGCUGGCUCAAACUGCCCUCCUUCAAGUCCAACAGAGACCACAUCCAGGGGCUCAAGAUACCAUCUGGGUUUGCAGUUUCCUCAGGUACUUCCUCAGACCAAGGUGACUGGCGCAUCUUCACCAGAUGCAUCCAAGCGGAAGGACAAGGCUACGAAUAUGUCAUCUUUUUCCACCCAACCAAGAAGAAAUCCGUCUGUCUUUUCCAACCAGGCCCCUAUCUGGAGGGGUCUCCAGGGUGUGCCCAUGGAGGGUCCCUGGCAGCCAUGAUGGAUGAGACCUUUUCUAAAACUGCCUACCUGGCUGGAGAGGGACUGUUCACACUAAGCCUCAACGUCAGGUUCAAAAAGUGUUUUCCUGCAGCUGCCGCUGGAAGAGGACUCGUCCCCGUAAGAGUCACCAUGUCUUCUGGAGGGCCUAUUACUGACUGCCCUGCCUGCCUGGGACCCACCACAGAGGAGGGAGGGGUCCCCAGGAAGUGACUGGUGAAGUGAGAGGGAGGGCACUUCCCUCUGAGUAAGUAAAGUCUCACAAUCACGUUCGCAGCCCAAGACCCUUCUGUAGUUGGAAAUCAAAAUCCUUCCAGGGCCUCCCACACACCCACCUUCCCAUUCAGCACCAAUGGAAGAGAUUGACUGAGCACCAGGACCAGGUGCUGGGUGAGGCCCCAAGCACACUGUGAUGAAAGACAGGGUCCCUGGCCUCAAGAUGCACAACUGCAGGCCAGGAGCAGAGUACCCAGGGUACCCAUCAGCUCCCCUACUUCACCCUGACUCCUAUUGUGGGUACAGUGAAGACACAAAGGGAGGAGGGGUCAAUUUUUCUCUAUGAAAGCAACCAGUCUAGAAAGACUUUCUAGAAGAAGCUGUGCUUGAACUGAGACUUAAAAGUUAAGUGGUGUUCAUCAGGCAGGCAGGAGAGGGGAGCCUUCUCUGGGCAGAGGGAGCAGUAAGAACAACGGGGUGAAAGAGCACAGUGACUUUAUAGACCAGCAGGUAUUGAGUGGGGCAGGAAUUCAGAGAAAGGGAAGGUGGGCUGAGGCAGGAGCAGACUAUGGAUGGCUUCAGAAACCCUGCUGGGGAGCUUGAACUCUGCUUGUAGGCAACAGAAACCUUGAAAGGGUUUGGGCUGGGGAGUGACAUAAAGUUUUAUUUUUUAGAAAGUUUACUAUGAUGGAAGUAAGAGGUCAGCAAGACUCAAGGUGGGAGUACUGGUUAGGAGACCCCUGCAGGGUUCCAAACUAGAGACAAUAAGGGCCUGACGUAGGUCAGAGCUGUGAAGACAAGAGCUAUGGGAAAUGGGCAAUCGAGGGAGUGCUGGACGUUGCCACUAACUGUGUAUAGUAGAUCUGUGAAGGGAGACUUCAAGGAUGACACUAUUUCUGACUUGGGGAUUCCAGGUGGCACCACUGGGAAUGCAGUGGAGCAGGUUUGAGGUGAGGGGUAGAUAAUGAGCUCAUUUCACAUGCAUUGAGCUUGAGCUUGAAGUGCCCAUGGAACUUCUACCACAUGGCAAUUGUUAGCAGGAACCUGAAUAUUGUGAUUUGAAGCUCAAGAUUGAUGAACCACUGACCCAGUUUGUAAGUCAUCAAUAUAAAAACUGACAUGGAACCCGUGGGAGUGGAUUAUGCAGAGUGAAAGCGAGGAAGAGGCAAGGAGAGUGACAGUGAAGGGACAGGAGAGAAAGAAGAACAGGGAAAGGGGUCAAAGAUAGAAACUUCAGUCACUCUAAGGCUUAAAGUUGGGGUAGAGAUCCAAAGACCACUAAGGAGACUGAGAACAGGACAGGAGAGACCAUCCUUAGGCGGGCAAGGUCAGUGUCAAAUGCUGAAGAGAAGGCAGGAUAGAUGAGAACUAAAAAGAGGCCUUUGGAUUUGACAGUGAGGAAGGUGGUGUUCUCCUUUGCCAGGAACAAAAUCCAGAUUACGGUGGAUGAAAAAAUGAAUGGGAAUGACAAAGUGAAUCUAGAUAAUUCUUUCUAGGAAUUUCAUUGUUGUUAUUGUUAUUUAAAGAAUGAGGUUUGAGUAUAUUCACGAAUUUCUUUGGAAGGAGCCAGUGGAGAGAGCCUGAAACUCUAGGAGAAAGAGAAGUGUCAUCCAGCUGAACAGGUAUCUGGCCUUAGAGAUGGAUCAAGAGCACCAGUGGAGACAGGAGUCACAGGAGAGAAUCAACAUGACUCUGAGGCCAAAAGGAAGGAGGUGAGGGGUGCAGAGCAGGAUGGGAAGUUGAGGAGAUUCACACCAGCAUGCCUAGAAUUCCUCAAUGAAAUAGGAGGCAAGGCCAUCAGUGGGGAAAGAGGUCUGGAGGAAGGGCAAUGAUUUGGAUAAGCCACUGUGGGGAUCAGGAAAACAAAUUGAUCAAGUAUAUGUGGACCGAGGCAGGCAGAAGGCCCAGCUGCUGGUGGAAAACCCAUAUUUGGAGUGGCACCAAUGCGAGGUAAGAGGAGGGUAUGAGCCAGCUGGCAAGACCCAGGUUGAUAGUGGAUAAGGCAGAUAAGGACAGGUAAAGCAGGAAAGAGAGCGAAAUGGCUGGUGCUCAUUUCUAAGGAGGAAAGGUUUGACAUAAGGGAGAAGAACACAGAUGGAAGGAGGCAAUGGCAAUCCAGAAGUCUGUACCUCCUCUGAGCCUGUGGAAGAGAGGGGUAGGAAACUGAGCAGCUUCCACAGAGACAGGCAGGAUUCCAUCAAGGCCAGUAGGUGGAGAGGAUGUUCAGGAAGAGGUCAAGGAUCAGAGAAGUUUUACCAAAGAAUGAGGGCUCCAAGGGACAUAACAUAAAGAAUUUUAUUAUUAGGUAUGGUAAAGCCAAAUGCUGAAAUAGAUAAACCUUUACAUCUCCGUAGCUUAACCCAUAUCUCAAAUAGAAUGUACUUCUCAUUCACAUAAAGUCCAGUUGCUGGUGUCUAGGAGUCAUUCAGGAAUCUGGCUAACAAAUGCUCUGCCAUCUUCAACACAUGACUCCCAAAGUCAUCCUGGGUAUUGACACCCAGUUGCCAGAUAAGAGAAGACAGAAUCACAAGGGAGGUGUUUGAGGGCCAAGCCUCAAAGUGUUGCUGUUGGCCAGAACUCAGUUACAAGGCCCCACCAAACUGUGAGGGAGGUUGGUUGGAAAAUAUGGUCUAACUAUAUGCUGUAGAAGAAAGGGAAAUGGGUUUGGUGAGUAGCUAGCAGCUACUGCCUCAGUCUGAGAGGAGGACCGGCAGAGGAAAGAAGAGUCUAUGUCCAAACCCUUAUCCUGGCAAGUGAAGAAUUCGAGUUCAGGCCUAAGAUGAGGUUCCAGGAUCUAGGGCUGGGGCUGGGGAUUCAGGGGGUCAGAGAGGAUGAAACUCUUUAUGGAGUGGAACAGGGUCAAAGAGUUGUGCACAAGUUCAGCAGUGUUGGGGAAGUAGGUGGAUCAGGUUCUCUUUCCAAUAACUAGACCACACACUUCCUAAGCCAUCAAUCUUGAAUGAUGGGCAAAGGACUGGUUUUUGAUUUGAAGGGCCCUGACCCAGUGCUCUCCAAAAGCUGGAGAAAUACUGGAGGCCAUUGCCAGAAAUCUUGUGGCAAUGUCCCCUCCCCCAUAUACUCAGAAAAACACUUUCUCCUUUUGUGCUUUCACAGUUGCCCUUGAUAAUCUGUUAAACCCAGAGUCUAAAUCAUUGGAUACCAAAAACCUAUUGUCCUUUAUUUAUGGUGAAGAGGAGCCUAAUCUUCAUUUAAACACUCCCAAGAGAAGAAGGGAAAUAUAUUCCAUCCUUCCUAUGCAGUCAAGAAAAGGAAAAAAAAAACAAAACACUUGUACUUGAGUUUCCAUAUUAAAAUAGGUCAAAUGCAUCCUUGCACUGCUCUGCUGGGGCCAGUUUCAAACAGAAACAGGCACAAGCUGGAAAUCUACAGAGGUGGGAGGCUCUCAGGCAAGGCCCCAUGGCCAGCCUGGGAGAGUCAGCCUUGACUGGACAAGGCCAGGCGGGCAGGCAGGGAUCUUGGUAAGGGAAACAUCAUCAGCUGCUUGAACACUUCUCUAGUGUCUAGGGCUUUGAAAGAUGCUUCCCCUUUUCCAAAAGACCAAGUAUUACAGCUUUCUGGACAGAAACAAGAGGAGUUGCUCCCUCUACACUUUAAAAACCCACUCCCAUGUGUAGUGCAUUCAUCUGGAGUGCAUCUACUGCCAAGGUAGAUGAGGUGGCAUCCUAGGCCAUCCAGGCAAAUGUGGCAGCUUAUUCUGCUUGAAGCAGAGUAUAUAUGUUCUACAGAUGCCUAAUUCAAGUGCCAAGAGAAACCAAAGAGUAAAUAAGGCAAUUAUAAGAACAACCAUUUCAAGAAGGCAGAGGACAUCCGUAGCUCAUAUCAGCUCUUAGAGAAGGGACACUAAAGGCCUUCUCGGAACUGAGACUGCAGAGCUAGGUCACUCAUCACAGGUCCUGGGUGAGGAGCCAGAGCUGCAAGGCACAGUAUAUCACCAACCGCAUCGCUUGCCAGAACCCACAGUGAGCACUGGUGGCCAAGUCAUGCAGUCUGAAGCCUAGCAUUCAAAGCCACAGGACAGACGGCUUAGCAAGAACGAAAAGUCCAAAGAGUCUUGUAGCAGUUGCCCUGAGGAAAGGCCUAUUCAUCUGGCUCGAGCCCAAGAAAGCACUCUGUACUCCCAGUCCCCUAAGUGUCCUUCUACAAUGCCAUCAGCAAAGCAAAGGAGGUCAGAGCCCUGGCUCACCUGUGAAGUUCUCAAGCAGUGACAGCGAUGGUGCUGGAAGAGGUGAAGAGGCAGCACUCUGGGUCCUCAUUCAAGGGAGCAGCUCUGUUCACAUCUGAAGACCCCUAGGGUACAAGAAAAAACAAUGCUCUUUGAGAUAGAUCUGAGUUCUAGUCUUAACUCUGCUACUAUUUGGCACAUCAUUUCUUUUUGGGCCUGUUUUUCGCUCUAUAAAAAUGAGAAGGUAGACAAGGUGACCUCCAACUUUCUUCCAGGUCUGAUAUCUUAUUGUUCUAAUUAAGUCAACUUUUGGCCACCCAAUGUGCCAGUUAUUUGCUUGAUUGCUCUCAGAUCCCCACCCUCCCCCUACUCUGCCUUAGAUUGCAGAGGGCUAGCGCCUACAAACUGCAUUUCCCAGUCUCCUUUGACAUCCAGCUUUGGAAGGCCCUGGUGGCAGAUUGGAAGGUGGGAAGUAGGGAGAAGUAAGGGUAUUCCUCCCCUCUUCUUUGCUUGGGAGGCAACUCAAGUAGUGGCUGUGGCUCCAUGGUUACCGAUCCUGCUACACAGCCCUCACCAUCCUAUUUGCCUUUUUAGCUCUUCCAACACCUUUGUAAUAAGUUCCCUGAGUUAAACUCCCUCUGUUGAACCACCUAACAAGUGCUGUUUUCCUCAUCAGACCCUGACUAAUACAGCCAGGCUGUGGAUUAUCUGUAGUCAGUU